GAAUGGACCGAAUUCGUCGAAUCGGCUGAAGAAGGAAUUGUAGUAUUUACACUGGGUUCACAGGUUAACAUUGGCGAAGACCCCGAAAAAGCAUCAAAGUUUGUUAGAGCUUUUGCUAGAUUGCCCCAAAGAGUUAUUAUGAAAUACGUGGGGAAGCCACUAAACGGAGUCGGCGAGAACACCAAACUUAGCAGUUGGAUUCCACAAAAUGACCUCCUAGGUCACCCAAAUACCAAAGCAUUCGUAAGCCAUGGAGGUAUCAAUGGAGUAAACGAGGCUAUCUACCAUGCAGUGCCUUUCGUUGGAGUGGCGGCAGUUGGAGAUCAGGCUGAGAAUGUAGGAAGAUUGGUCGACAAAGGUAUGGCAAUUGCCAUAGAUCUACAAUCAUUUAGUGAAGAUGAUGUCUACAAUGCUGUGAAAAGGGUUAUUGAAGACCCUAGGUACAAAGACAAUGCCGCUAGAUUAUCCAGUAUCCAGAGAGAUACUCCAAUGCCUCCAGGAGAUACAGCUGUAUAUUGGAUUGAACACAUUUUGAAGUUUGGCGGUGAUCACCUCAAACCAGCAUCCCUCCAACUGAAUUUAAUCCAGUAUUACCUUCUCGACAUUGCCUUAUUUUUACUAGCCGUAGCAGCCAUUGCUACUAUUAUCUUAAAGCAAGUGAUAAGAAUGGUCUUUAAAAUCUGUUGCAGACCUAAUAAUGUCAAAUUGAACAGAAAGAAGAAACAGUGA